GUGACAGUGAGGUCGCAAUAUGGCAGCGCGCAUGGUUCAAAUACUGACGUGAAGGACUUUCUCUUGUGUGCGUCUACACAGAUUAUCACAGUAUCAGCAGGCGAAACAGACGGACAGACGCGUAGCAGGGCGGACGCACAGACAAUAUGUCCAAGAUAUCGAAAGCGGCAAAGGCGGUGAAAAAGUUGGAUACAGGCGGUGUCAUCAGGGCCAUUGUGAGGUCUGGACAAGCGGCUCCUGGGCCCCCACUGGGCCCCAUCUUGGGACAGAGAGGGAUUCCCAUCGGGGCCUUUUGCAAAGACUUCAAUGAGAAAACCAAAGAUCUCAAGGAAGGCAUUCCUCUUCCCAUCAAGAUCAACGUGAAGCCGGACAGAACAUAUGACUUGAAAAUUGGGCAGCCCACUGUGUCUUAUUUCUUAAAACAGGCCGCAGGCAUCGAAAAGGGAGCUGGAAAGACAGGGCAUGAGACUGCUGGUAUGGUGUCUGUGAAGGCCGUAUAUGAGAUUGCACAGGUCAAAUCGCUGGACGAAAGCUUUAAGCUGCAGGACGCCUCCUUGCAGACCGUUGUCAAAAGCAUCAUUGGUUCGGCCAGAUCGCUCGGCAUCAAAGUCGUCAACGAUCUGUCACCAGAAGAGUACAGGGAGUUUAUGGAGGAGCGUCAGGAGAGACUGAGAGCCGAGGCAGAUGCAGCGGCUGCCGCAGAAGCUGCGAUGGGAAAGAAGAAAUGAAGUGUCGCUGUGUGCUAGUUAUUUAUCAACACACUUGUUGACAUUUCUGUAAACCUGCUUCACACUGACUGCGAUUUUGUCAUUUUUUGCUAAUAAAAUGCUCUUGAUUUGCUUCCAGAUAUUCUGAAGGUUUCGCAUCUCUCAUUACUGAUUCUGUCCUGUCUAUCUCUCCCAGUUUCUCUGCUCUACCUCCUCCACUCUCUCUCCUCUUCCAUUUUUCAUCUUCACUGCCUCCUACAACCUUUUUUAGGCAUUUGAGCCACUUUCAGCACCUCUCUCUUUGUCUCUGUCUCUCUCUGGUUAUUAAUCCAGGGUUUUUAUAAAUGUGAUGUCUUUGACAGCCGUGGCAGAGCAGACUGCCCUAUGGCAGUACUAUGUCAUUGUAUAUCAACUAGUACUUCUUGUCAAAGUAAGAUGUAUUCAUUUUUGGCAGGAAUUUUUUAUGUUUUAUCUGCUAUGGGUUUUUAUGGUUUAAUAUGAAACAAAAUAAACAUUAAAAUAAAAAUAAAGUAAAUGCAA